AGCUUCUAAAGGUCACACUAUCGCCAUCUAGUAGUCACAUCAGUAAAUGCUGUUUUUCUCCCUAGAUACGGCAUUAAUAUUCUAAACAUAUACAUAUGUUGUAAGAAAUUGUUAUACGUAUUAUUACUCAUUUUACAUUUCAUUUUUUAUGUUAAUAAAUCUUAUAUUUACUACAAUAACCACUAUUCUUUUCUACAUACAUAUAUACAUAUAUAUAUAUAUAUAUACUUUUCACUUAAAAUAAUCGUUGCCACUCACAGGUGGCGAUAAAACGAAUUUGUCAGUUGUCAAUAAGUUUUCGUACAUUUCGGAGCGUGAAAUAUUAGAAGUAUCGACUUUAAUAAAAUAUGAAUGAAAUAUAAAAUUUUUUAUUUAUAUACGAUAAGUUUAUUUGUAACUAUUUUUGUGAAUGAUGUUCCAGUUUAUCUAUCACGUGUAAUGUAAAUGAAACUGCAAUAAAGUUCUACGGAACUUGCAAAUUAUGGAGACUGCUCAAACGUUGUACCUUAACCUCUUUGGUGAGGACAAAAUUCACGUUUUGAAAGAAUUGUUGCACGCUUGCGUGGAUGAAAUAUGUGGCAGACCAGGUCCAACCUAUCAUAAGUUCAUAAAUAGCAUGGAUUGGAGUAAAGAAGAAUACGAAGAAACAUAUAAAUUAAUAUCUAUGCUCCUGAGAAAUCCAGCUUCAUUAUAUUUAAUUGAAGAAAGGAUGCCACAAGAGUACCACGAAUUACCUGAGCAAAUUCAACAGAAUAUAUUAUCGUGUUUAAAAGUGAGAAGACAACAAUUAACAGAUGCAUUGUUGAUGGAAUACUCUAAGGAAAAGCACGACACAGUAAUUGACUUUGAUUGGAGAUUAAAGCUUGUAAUGGGGUCUAGCAAGUUAGCUUCUUUAAGAGAGCCCCUUCUUCAGUUAGAUCUCAUUCUUGAAAGUAAGGACUCAAAACGUAUUCUAGAUUUGGAAUUAAGCAAAGAUGAAUUGGACACGUUUAUAAAUACCAUGGAAAAUAUAGUGUGAUAACUCAGAUGUAAACAAAUUAAUCAAUAAUAAAAGGAUUUGUUAUACUCAA